CCCUCCAUUCAUUUUCCCUCUCCCAUUUCUCUCUCCUAUUUUUUUACCUUGUAUAUAAUCUCUCAAUCUCCCCUCUUCAUCUUCAUCCCUCCAUCUCUCUAACAUUGCAGGGUUUUCUCUCUUCUCCUAAGAGAAAAUUACUGCCUUCUCAUAUCAAAUUUCACAUUUUUACCCGUUUUUUUUACAUUCUAAUUUUACUAUGGCUUCUCAAACUGUUCUUGUUUUUGCUUUGAUCUUCCUUGCCGCUGUUGCCGGAGUUUUUGCGGAGGCACCGACCGAAUCUCCUUCAACAUCUCCCUCACCUAAAGCUUCCCCAUCGGACUCUGAAUCGCCUUCACCGUCUUCUUCUUCUCCUGCAGGCUCUCCAAAGGCCUCACCUGAGACGACAUCCCCAUCCCCGGCAGCUUCUUCUCCAUCUUCGUCCUCUGAUGCUCCAACCAGCAAUUCGCCCACCAGCUCUCCAACAUCCUCCCCUUCCGUUUCUCCUUCUCCUGCCACUGACUCCCCCUCUGACUCUCCUGCUUCUGACUCUCCUGUUGCUGACUCUCCUGCUGACAGUCCUGCAGACACCCCGACUGCUGCUUCACCAGAUUCCGAUGUCUCUUCUCCUCCAUCACCUGAUGCCGCUGAUGCCCCCACUGCUGAUGGUCCUGCUGCUGCCGAUGGCCCUACUGCCGCCGAUGGCCCUACUGCCGCCGAUGGCCCUGUUGCCGCCGAUUCUCCUGCUGAUUCACCCGCCAGUGACGAAAGCAGCGGUACAGAUCUGAAACUCACCUCCGCCAUGGUCGUUGGUGUCGUUGCCACUGUUGGAUUCUUUGCAUUCUAAAGAUAGCUUAUUGAUCUAAGCAUGUUUAGAGAGUAUGGGUGAUAAAUUCUCACAUUAAAUGAGAUUGUAUUCUUUUAAAUUUAUAUAAUUAAAAUAAAACAAAAAAUGAAGAAUGUGUAAA